CACAGGACAACAUCUCACACCUACAGAGGAGUGGAACUAUCAGCAAAAAAGAAAACACACACACUGACAACAGGACUCUUGUAGACUUGUUAACCAGAUACAAAGGCUACCAUGGUGGACCAGCUAAUGUUUGCCCAGGAUAACCGGGACCGGAUCCACGCCGUGGAGCACUCUUUUGGGCCGUCAGCAAAGCCCCUGUACGUGCCGGGUCGGGUUCUGAUCGGAGAGGGCCGGCUGAUUAAGAUGAGCCGCCGGGGGCCGCAGCCCAAAGCCUUCUUCCUCUUCAACGACAUGCUGGUUUACGGCAGCAUCAUUCUGAACGGCCGCUGGCACAAAAAACAGAAGAUCAUCCCUCUAGAGGACAGCCAGCUUGAGGACUUGGAGGACGGCAUAAAAAUGAGGAACCAAUGGCUGAUCCGUACACCACAGAAGUCCUUCUACGUCGCAGCCGCCUCAUACGAGGAGAAGCGAGCCUGGAUCGAACACAUGGAGGACUGCCGGUCCAGUCUGCUGCGGAGCGCCGGCUGCAGGCCCGUGUACGACUUCGCCAAAACCUGGAUCCCUGACCAGGCAUCCGCGGUCUGCAUGCGCUGCGCCGACAAGUUCACCGUGACCCAGCGUCGACACCACUGCCGGAAAUGCGGCUUUGUGGUCUGCGGGGCGUGCUCCAAGAAGCGUGCGGUGAUCCCACACAUUCACCCGACUAAGUGUUUGAGGGUCUGCAACAUGUGCCACUUAAGCCUCUCGAUAACGGAGGUCCAAGAGGUGCCUCGCAUGAGGGGAGACAGCACUGAGAAGAUAAACUCAGAUGAAGACGGAGUGGACGGUUUGAGUGAGGAAGAGGAGGCAGAGGAGCAGAUGGAGGACCAUGACCCCAUCAAGUGGAUGAACUCCCAGAUAGACUCCUGGUCCACCUAUGUCUACUUCAAACCGGAGCACACACAGCCCCGAACAUAAGCACAUGAAGAGUGCUGCAGCCAAUCAGAAACAACCUCGUGUUGGUCUUUGGGCCCCGCUUUAACAUGGACACAUACGGAUUCAGCUUUGUGCCAUUGGAUAGUUUAAAGGCACUCUUACUCCUUAACAUAACAAGACAAUAAUGUAUUACGUAAAACAAUUUUGUUUAUAUUGUAUUUAUUAUUUAUGUUAAUAUUUUGUCUUUUGAAGUUAUACUGUCUGUAGGAACACUAUUGCUAUGAAGUCUGAUAAUGUGGUCAGAUUAUUUGGUGUAGAACACUUGAGGGAAGGUGUCGGCCUGCUGAUAAGUUUAUACUUAUCAAUCCAGUACCGACUAAUCAAGAACACACAACAGAUGGAUCCUCACAAAAAAUGAUCAUGGACUCUAAAGUGCGGUAGCUGUGAUACACAUAAAUACAUUUGUGUAGAAAGUAGUAAACCCUAAUUGUAAUUAGUCAUGCUGGGAUACAUUAUUGUAGCCACCGUUGAGAUAUAAUAUCGUAUAUCUUUUAUUUAUUUAUCCUCUGUAGAAAAAAUUGGACUACAAUCUGAAUUUUGUUGUGCAGCCCUGUUGUACACUGACAAAUAGAAAACCUUGUAAUACUGUACAAUACCUGCACUUUUAUGGACAUGGUAGCGGUUGGUACUGUUAGCAGAAGCCAAUUAGCAGCUAUUAAGUUUACACAUCAUUGCACCUUUUAUAUGUUAUUGUUUAGACUAUUGUGACUCCCUCUUU